GACCCCACCCCAGAGGAGCUCGAUGACAUCCAACUCGCUUGCGCCAAGCUCUGGCAGCUCGACCACAACAGGCUGCAGGCGGGCAAAGACUACACCCUCAACCUGCAGGGAGGGAAGAGCAUCUGGCAGAAGGGAGACAUGGCAAAGGAGCGGCUGUUCGAGAGCGUCAACGAGGAGGUGUUUAACCGCGACACCUACCGCGCCUUCAUGCAGCUCCUUGACAACUACGACCGCAGCACGUCCCACGAGGACAGGCUGUCCGCCCACGAGGUGACCGAGAGCUACGCCUUUCUCAACGAAUGCAUGGAAGAGCCAUGUGGGAUCUACCUGCACAAGGCGCGCGACUCCAAGAAGCUGGCGCCGCAGAGCAUGCGCAGCUUCUGCCAGCAGCUCUUCAAGGUUUGGUUCAAGACGUUCGGGCGCGGCGAGGCCAAGGGGGCGAGCAGCGGCUUCGAGCACGUCUUCCUGGGUGAGGAGGACACGACCAAAGAGGGCAAGCUCACCAUCGCGGGCUUUCACAACUGGAUACAGUUCUACUUUGAGGAGCGCUGCGGGCACCUCGACUACCAAGGCUACAUCCUCCCCAAGCGGCGAGGGCGGAAGUCGGGCGAUCCGCCCGACGGGUCGGAGAGCUUUUUGAGCGUCCAGUUCGAGUGGGAGGGCGAGAUGAAGCCCGUCUCAGGCAUGUUUGUCGGCGUCUCCCCCGAGUUUGAGCUCGCGCUCUACUCGCUGCUCUACUACUGCGGUCAGGACGACAACAAGAUGCACCUCGGGGACGUGGACCUCAACAUCCGG